UUUCAUGGUACUUGUAUCCGAGGAGACGCGAUGUUGCGUGAGAUGACCAAGGUCGCGAUCGGCAAGGUCGAGAGCCCGAAUGUAGACAAGCCAGCGGGCGACGCAGCGCGAAUACGAAGCAACUGUCCGCCUGGAGACCAUGUCCGAUGCAUCGAAGUGACGUUCAAGGCACCGCCCAUCUACUUUUCCCACCUGUCGUUCCAAAACUACUACGCCGCAAUGCUUCGGAUUGAUCAAGUCGUGCAAGGAAGAUGCGUCACGAUCCUGGAUCGAUUCCGCCUCAUGCAAAAUGCACACCACGAAGAUGACGCCCAGAACUGGCAUAUCAUCAAGCGCGAGGAGUUUGGCGCUCCCCUCGAUGUCGCCAAGGCCGAACAUUUCAUCUUUUACCUGCUCCAGCCGUCUCCUCUCUGGGAGAAGUGGGAACUCCGGUCGAUCAAGCUCUUCGAAUCAACGGACGCCCCCGAGAUCAUCCCCAAGACACUUUUGUCCCUCGACAAACCGACGGCCGAGAAUUCGUCCAUUCAUUUGUACCGCAAGUACACGGUCAACACGUCCGGCGUCGCACUGGAUUCCAAAGACAUCAGCGGCCACGCCACUCGUUUUAUCGAUCUUCUGGCGCUGCUGCAAGCCAAACUCGCCAAAGAUGUCAAAUAACUCAUGGAACAACUCGCUCAUGUCGUCAU